AUGACCUUUUAUACAAAAUAUUUUAGAUCUAGCAGGAAUAUACAACCAACUGUAAAUAUGAGUAGGAGAGGAAGUAUUAUUGGUUCAGAUGGUGAAUCCGGAAGUGUGCUAGAUUAUAACUUUUCUACCAAUGUUGCCUCAAUAGAUAAGCGAAGUUAUAUUACUUCAACAAGACAACCUAAUGAUGCCAAUGCAGCAGGUAGUGUUGUGAAUGCUUCACAAGUGGGUAGUACCACAUCAUCACUGGAAGAUUACUAUAAUGAGUCUAUUGUUACUCAGUUAGAGGAGAGAUCCUUCAUGUUCCUUCUUAAUUUACAAACCAGACAAGAAUUAGUUGGAAGAAAUGAAUAUAUCAAAACUCUACUCAUCAGACUAUAUUUCAUAUGGGCAACAUUAGUGAUUGCCAUUCAACCUAGUUAUAACUUUGGCGAGUAUGGAAGGUGGAUAGCAAGAGCUGUUAAUUAUCCUCUAACAUUUGGUUUUGAACAUUUACCUUACACUGCAGCGGUCAUUAUUGCAGGUAUUAUAUUUGCCAUACAGCUACUUCAAGUCAUUAUUUUAAUAAUUGCCUACAGAUCUAUCUACAGAAUGAGCAAGUAUUGGCCCAAAAUCAAAGUCAUUACUAGAAUAUUGAAUGUAACAAUCUCUUUAACAAGUUUGCCAAUCAGUUGGCUCAUGUUGGGGUUUUUGAAUUGUAAUUAUUCGUCAGCAGUGCUGGUCACUUCUUCAACAACAGCUGAACAAGUUUUGAAUAGAUUUCCUGACGUGGCCUGUUAUUCGGGCACCAAUUUGGCUUUCAUUAUAAUUGGUCUUUUGUCAUAUGUGCUCACAAUUUUCACAACCUUUGUUGGUUUUUACACAACAACAGAUGCAAAUCCAAGGAGUGAAACUCCCUUCUUAACAUUUGAUGCUCAUCUCUAUUUUUUAAGCGUUCUAAGCUAUCAAAUUUACUAUUUGUUGAUUAAUGUUGUAGGAGAUCAAUUUGUGGUAAUUCAAGCAGUUUACUUUGUGGUAGCUAGCUUUUGCAUCACUAUUUUCUUUUUAUUUUCAAUGCCUUUUUAUAGAAGAUGGGAGAAUGCUGUUUACUUUGGUUUUGUUUGUGCCACUCUUGGAGGUUCUUUGUGUGGUGUUGUUUCCACAUAUGUGAAUACUCAAAAUGAGUAUGGUCUUGGUUUAGGACUGUUAGGCAUGACUAUUGGUGUAAUGAUAAUAUUUUCCUUCAUUGGUUGGUUGUGCAUGGAUUUAUGGACUAGAUACAUUAAUAAGGAUCUGAGAGGAAUAUUUAUGAAUCACUUGGAACGUGGAUUAGACAAUUUGAGUAAUGAUGACAUUAUGAAUCCUAAAUACAUUCUAGAAAAGGAGUCUAUCAAAAUCUUACAAGAAAUUGAAGAAACCAAUCGCUCAAGAAGACUAUUCCUCUUCUUAAAAUGGUGUAUGAAGAAAGGAUCUACCUCUACUUUGGGUAAUCUCAGUGAUUUGGAACUUUCCAAAUGUUUUAUUAAGGGUGUUGCCAAUCAAAAAACUUACCAAAAUGUUGAUUUAUUAAUUGCAGCCUCCAUUAUUUGUGGUAACUUUUUUGAAACAGGACAACAAAAAUCACUUGCAAUUUUAGAAAAACUCUCUAGCAACAUUAAGAAUUCCUACUAUGUUUGCAUGCCAUCUGCUGUACCUAGAUUGCUUUUGAGGGAAAUUAGAGUAUUCCAAAACUUUAUGAUACUCUAUCCAACCUAUAAGAAUGAACUUAUAUCCUCUGGUUUACAUGAUGUGGUUAAUGUUACAAACUUUUUCCAAGACAAAUUAGAGAGAAUGGAAAAGUAUAAGGGACUUUUGGAUGAGUUAAAAUUGGCUGAGGCCUCUGGUACAAUGUCUUCUGAAUCCAUAGCAGACUAUACCAAUCCUAUAUAUACUCUUGUUACACCAGUUCUCUAUUACAGUAAUGAUUCAACAAUUCCUUCUGAUUACAUUCAAUCCAAAAAUGCUUCCAUUUCAGAAAUUACUGAUAGUUUAAUCAAAUAUGCCAAGACUUAUUUGAAGAAGGAAGCAAAUGGCUUUAAUACUACAAUAACAUCUGGUGAUUUCAUGUUUUUAUGGACAAAUAGAAAUGGAGGUAGCUCAGCUUUUGAUGCUUAUUGUGAUUUAUUUUUGCGUAGAAAUUCUGAAUCUGUUCAAAAUAUGAACAUUCAAUUUAUUGCCUUCUACGUAGCUGCAGUUGUUGUAUAUGGUGUUUGUGCAGCAAUUGUGGUUAUGAUAUUGUUAGUACAUUUGAGGUCAUUGAGAUCAUCUAUUAAGUUUAUUGCCACAACCUUACCCAAGGAUCAAGUUGGUAAAAUAUUUCAAGGUCUCGACAAGAAGUCUGAUGAAGAAAUGGAUAUCAAAGAGAAUGGAAUUAUUUCAAAACCUCAGACAACUAUUUCACUCGUUGUUGUGUCAAGUAUCAUUGUAACUGUUCUUUGCAUUACAAUGCUUUUCGUUGAUAUGCAAAUUAUUUCUAAUACUGAAAGUUUAGCGAUUAAAUACGUUACUUCUGGAGUUGAAAUUUUCAGAAAUACAAACAGAGCAGCCUACCGUAUGACAGAAUUAUUUAGUUUUAUGAGAUAUACUUCCAAGAGUAGUUUGAAUGAUGAUCGUUUGCUCUCACAAUCAGACCUUAGCACUUACCACGUUCAAAUGAAAUCACUAUUUGGAACUAUUGCUUCUUCAUGGGAAGUAUUAAGAUAUGGUGGUAGAUUUAUGAAUACUUAUGAGGAUAUUGAUAUUCUUAUUUCUCCAAUUACAAAUUGUACCAACGUUUCCACAUUUUAUUGCACCAAUUUGGAUGAGCUCGUUACAGAAAUUAGUACUGUGUCAUUAAGAUUGAACGAAGAUGUAUAUUACAGUAAUUACGCUAUAGACAAUUUAUUCUUGACCUUGCUUAAGGGAAGUGAAAUGUCAAAUGCCCUUAUGGAUAGAAUAAUAGACAUUUUUGAUUUAUAUUCUACAUAUGCAUCGACUCCAAGUUUUACAUUAUCCAUAAUUGCAGUUGUUAUAGGAUACAUUGCAUUAAUAUCACUAUCAUAUUUUGCAUAUGUGUUAAUAAGAGAUUUUUGGGAUCAGAUUCAACAAUUAAGAAGUUUACUCAAUUACUUACCUGUGGAGUAUAUUGAUUCCAAUGAUGCUCUUAAACAAUUUGUACUUUUCAAUGAUCUCUCGUCUAAAUCUAGGGCCUCUUCAUCAGAAAAAAGCAAGGAAAAAGAUGGUGGUGGAGAUGGUAAG